CCUUUCCCUUCUCCCUCCCGCGCGUCCCGUCCCGGAAGUGACGUAAGGGGGUCGGCCUGCCUCUGCUGGAGACCCCAGUGCCGCCGCCAUUUUGUUCGCGUCGGGCCGGGGGCUGUGGGUGGGAUGUCGGCCUUCUCGGAGUCGGCGCUGGAGCGGAAGCUGUCGGAGCUGAGCAACUCGCAGCAGAGCGUGCAGACGCUGAGCCUCUGGCUCAUCCACCACCGCAAGCACUCGGCGCUCAUCGUCAGCGUCUGGGAGCGCGAGCUGCGCAAAGCAAAGUCAAACAGGAAGCUUACUUUCCUGUACCUGGCCAAUGAUGUAAUUCAGAACAGCAAAAGGAAAGGACCAGAAUUUACAAAAGACUUUGCACCGGUUAUAGUGGAGGCUUUUAAGCAUGUUUCCAGUGAGUCUGAUGAGAGUUGUAAGAAGCACCUUGGCCGAGUACUCUCUAUCUGGGAAGAAAGGUCUGUUUAUGAAAAUGAUGUAUUAGAACAACUUAGGCAAGCAUUGUAUGGUGACAAGAAGGGUAAGAAGCGCACAUAUGAGCAGAUACAAGUUGAAGACAAUAACUGUUCAGCCCGAAGUUCACCAACUGACCCUCCACAGGUAGAUACUACAGAUCUCAUUAGAGCAUUGCAAGAACUAGAGAAUGCUGCCUCAGGAGAUGCAGCUGUUCAUCAGCGGAUAGCUUCAUUGCCUAUAGAAGUCCAAGAUGUGUCCUUGCUAGAUAGAAUAACGGAUAAGGAAUCUGGAGAACAACUUUCCAAAAUGGUAGAUGAUGCAUGUAUGUUGCUGGCGGAUUACAAUGGCAGGUUGGCGGCUGAAAUAGAUGAUAGAAAACAGCUAACUCGAAUGUUGUCAGACUUUCUCCGAUGUCAAAAAGAAUUCCUUGCAGAGAAAGAGCAUAAAUUGGAAGAAUACAAACGCAAGCUAGCCAGAGUAUCCCAGGUCCGAAAAGAACUCAGGUCACGCAUCCAGAAUCUUCCUGACCUGUCCCGACUCCCAAAUGUUACAGGCAGCCAUGUACACCUACCAUUUGCAGGAGAUAUCUACAGUGAUGAUUGAUAAUAAGAACAUCUCUUUCCAUUGCCUCUACUUUUCUGUGGAAUGAGGGUUUCAAAAUUGAGGGACCACUGGCUUGUACAGCAACCCAUUUCUGGCACAUCCAUCUCCAUUAAAAAGCUGAUCCCAAAAAUGUGAAGCAAUUCCACAGCUUUAAUUAUAGUGUGAGUUAGUUGUAUAGGACCAGAUCUACUGCUGAAUGCCCAUGAUUAAGAUUUUAAUGUGCUUAAGUACCAUUUUACACAUGCAGCGCAAUACUAUAGGUAGAAUGCUGUAGUAAAUGUAGAAUUUGGGCCAAAUCAUUCUCUCCCAUGGAGACAUCCAUCCAGAAAGGCCAAUAAGAGCCAAAGCCCCCAUCCCUCCAAGUCCCUAGCGAACAUCAUCUAAAUUGAUGUCGCUUUUCUCACAGAAAGAGGGAAAAUUCUUAGGUUAUUGUAUAUAGUAAAAUGUGGGAAAAUGUUGCUGAAUAUUUGUUUUUUUUUAACUCCAGUAUGAUACAAAUACAGCAUUUGUAUAUGGGUAGAUAAGCUUGGGGAAAUAUAAUUGUUUACCAUUUUUCUUGUGUACACAUAAAGGGCCAGCUUUUAAGGGUGUUUAAGAGUCUAAAUAUACAGAUGGAUGUCUACUGAGACUUUCAGAAUUGUUGAGCCCUCACUCCUUUUGAAAUCAGUGCAAGUUAGGCACUUUUGAAUCCCCCCCUAAAUAUCUAUCUGUGUUUUUAUAAAUACCCUUAAAAACCUGGCUCAAAGGUUUGCAGAGGAUGUAUUAAGAAUUUUCUGUUAAUUGUUUUCCUUAGUUCCAUUUCACUGUAAACUUUCAUACCAAUCUUAACAAAUACUCACCAUUCUUCAUACUUAUCAUGCCUAGUUUUGCAAAUUCAAAUAUUGUACAUCAGCAAAAUGAAAACAAAUAAAGUUUACAACAAAUUAACACUUUCUCUGAUACCCUUUUAAACAUAAUUGUUUUGGAAGUAAAAAUAGACUGAAAGUUUCUUUGUAAUCCUGGUGUGAAACCCUGGUUCUGUUGAAGUCAAUAGGACCUUUUUGCCAUCAAUGCUAUUAGGGACAGGCCCUGGAAUACUUUUUCAUUGUGAACAGGAGAUAAAAUAUUACUUUUUCAAAAUAUGCAUAUUUAGACACAAGCCCUGUGUCUGAUUAUCCUCCCUCACACAAAGUGCCACAAAUGAAUCAUAGUUAAGGGUGAAACCAAAAAGGUUUUCCACAGCAUCCUUUCUCUCAAGUAUGGUUUUGACAGCUCACAAGAGUCACAGAGAGCUUAGUCCCCCACCCAAGUAUAUUUCUCUGUACUUCUCAAGGUAAAAAAGAAACAGAGUAUUUGUAAAGAGAAUCCAUACUCUUCAGGAUAGUCUCUGGGACUGUGCCUGUCCUCCCUAGCUAUAUCACAUCAUUGUAAGUGUGGUUGCUAUCUAUGGCCUUUCAACCAUGCCUGGCCGUAGAGCACUCUUAUACUCUUUGGGGUGUAUAUUCAUGAAGUAGGAACCCACAGGAACUAAAGCCAAGUGGAUAAAUGUUCGUUUACACACAUUUCCCCCUGAGACUUGCAAUGGGAUAACACACAAAAGUAUCUGGCAGACUCCGCUCAAAAAUCGGAUUAGGAAAUGAAUCUAUUGAUGCUAGUUAACCUGAGCUCAUCAGGUUGAUGGCAGUUCAGGUUUAUGACUCCAUAGCAAAAUCAGAGGUGGGGAGCUGGGGCAUAAUUAGCUCCAAGGAAACAAAGUAGGUUUUCUUUAGCAGAAAUAGGCAUGUACAAAGACAAAUCUGUGGUUAUUUUUAAAGAGAAUGUUAAAGUACGACUGGAAAGUUAGACCUAGAUUGAGCUUCAUGUUUAAAUGUGUUCUAAUCCAUUAAACUAUAGCUGUAUAAAUGUGUGUUUAGGCAUAUACAUGACUCAAAGCAGUUAUCUCAUGAACAAACCAGAAAAGCACAGAACAAAACAAUAGUCUCAACAAAACACAUAUUCCAAAGCAGAAAGAUCAUUAUAACCAUGCAGAGCCCCCAUUUGAUUCAUGCAGGCUCUGUGUGAUUUCCAGGUUUAUCUUGAAGAUCCAUGUAGAAUCCGGAACCAGGAUUUGCAAAAUAUUUUGUUGUAGAGAGAAUGUAAACACUUGUACUUUCUCUUCCUGCCUUUUACAGAAAAACGUAUGACCUUAAUGUGUUAAAAUCAGGGUAAAAUCAGCUUUUGGCAGCUCAAGAACAGAGAAGAUAGGCACUAACUUCACUAUGUCUGUUUUGUUCUUCCAAAUUGUUUGUAUUGUAAUCCUGUUGCAUCUCUAUAGAUAAAUGAGUGGUUAAAUGCAAAAAAAAUUAGGAAAAAUCUUUUCCUCAUCAUAAAAAAAUACACUAAUCUCAAAGAAAAGUUAAGUGGGAAGUUUGAGAACUAUGUAUGCUGCUUUUUCUGGAUAACAUUUUCUGUAUUUUAGUACUAAAAUCUUUACCUCAUGAAACCCUUGGUUUUUAAAGUAGCUAUUAAUACGUUGAAAUGUAGGGGAGAUAAAUGUCCCUGGUUUGUCACUACAAGAACCCCAUGCCAAUCAAGGAAUGAUGAGCUGGAUUUCAUAUAAUUUUACAGUAUCAACUAAAUUAGAAGUUUUAGUGCUGUGACAAUAAAUGCACCAAAGGAGAUGAUCCAUUAAGACACAGCAACAGCCAUUAUAUUGAUAUCCUUAAAUUCUUAGCUACCAAACCUUAGCAUACGUUCCUGUAACAUCUCAAGAGUAAGUGUGGGAAGCUCAGAACCUGAAAACAAGUUUGGAGACUAAAUGGCAGAAAAUAAUUGACUAGAAAACUGUAAAUGAAACAAACGUCUGGCUUAACAGAAAUAGAGUUUUCUCUGUAGAUUAUUCAUGUCCACAAUGUAUAGGUAGUUUUGUAACCACUCUGGGUACAGAUUUGUUGUGUUUUUUAUUUGGUAAUGUGGUCUGCUCUCACUGAAAUACCAAACUUCCCUCACUCCACAACUAAAAUACCAUACCAAGAUACUUUUUGAGCUUGAAAAUGUUACACCCCUAUGCAAAGGUAGAUUUUUCCAUGAAACGAUGUAGACAGUAUAUUCAUUAUUUGGCCUUUCUUCUUGGAAAAAAAUGGAGCUAAGCCUGCAGCCCUUCAUCAUAUAAUCACUACUUAUUCAGUAGUCAUUUUUCUGCAACCAGUGGGACCUGCUCACAGGUAUAAAGCCUUGGGUCAAGGCUCAGAUUUCAUAGUUGUACAAUUCUAUAUGUCAGUUCUCCCUGUUCUGUGGUUUUUCAAACAAAUGUAACAUCCUUGGUUACAACACUUCAGGUAUUUUAAAAAUAAUUUGUCAGCUUUGUUGGACGUUAACCUGUAGUUUAGAGUAACAUUCACUUGCUUGCUUUACAUUCAGCUACUGUUCAGGUUUUCACAUAUGGUGCACAUACCCUUCAUUAUUCUCUCAACACAAUCCAUAUACUUUAAAAUGUUGUAUAAAGUAACUUAGCAAAGUAUCUAGCUGAGAAACUUCAUUUUGAUUUGAUAACAGUACACGCCUGUUUUUCUAAAAGUAGUCAGUAGAUUAGGAACAAACGGACCUUGCUUCCAUGAGUCAGUGGCAAAACUCAUAUGAAGGUUAGUGAUUCCACAAGGGUCCUCCAGUGGUUACAAAAUGUAUGCAUUUAGCAUGAAAUUCACCUCAGUGCCAAGGACCAGCAUGAGGCCCGUAGAAAAGCCCUUGCCACAGAGUGAAUUUGUACCUUACAGAAUGUAAGUACAUAGAUUCAGCAUUAUUGUGGAUAGAUUAUGAAGUGGAUGCAGUGGCAGGAUUUCUGAAGGGUUGAUUUUCUGUGGGUAUAAACAUUUGGGACCAGUUCCACACAUUUUAUUCAUGCAAAUGUUCACACUAUUUCUGUGAUUUAAGCAAGUAGAUUUGGCUCUUAGUGACUCACUUUUAGAAAAUUAGCUUAAAAUCUUAAUAGGUAUGUUAUUUUUUCAUAAAGUUGAUAUCCAGUUCUGUCUGAGACCCUAUCCCCUGUGUGCUAAGUUAUCUCGAUUAAUAAGUAGAUCUUCUCCAUCUUAUUUAGAACUCUAAUUCCAGUUUUAUCUUUACUACAUUAAAGAUGCUUAGUAAGCAUGAACUUUUUGUGGGGUUUGCAAAAAUGCAAUAACGGCACUUUGUAAUUUGUUUGCAGCAAAAACGACUUAUUUGUUAAAAGGUAACAAAGGUCACAAAAGGUGACAAGUAAGAAAACAAGAUGUUUGAAAUGUAAAGGUGUUUCAUUAUUGUGCUCUGCUCACAGAAUGCGUAAUACUUGUGUAAUUUAUGUUCUAAGUAACACCUCUCUGUAUGUUUUCAUAUUUAAAAUAAAUUGUUGUAAAAACAUUUUGUUUAUAAAUAAUAUUAUUUAAUACUUGUAGAACUGUAUUUUAGUAACUGUUUUUUUUAUACUGACCCUAUGAACCACAACAGUGGGGGAAUGGUUAAUUUUAAGGAUGACAUUAUGCUUAGUAUUUAAAAAUGGUAAAAUGAAUUGACACUUUUAAAGAAAAGUUCAAGACUUCCUUGUGCUGUCUUAAAGUGGAGUAAUUUGUUUGGAAACCUUUGCAGAGUCUGGGCAUUGUAUAUUUUAACUAUAACCUGCUCUUGGAAAGGUACACUGCACAUUACAGCAUCUGUAAGGUUACAGCUCUGGGAAAAGCAUAUGUUUAAACCACUAGAGAGUCUGCAAGAACAGGCAUUAUUAGGGGCCUGGACAGUUAGAUCAAAGGAUAUCAGCUCUCACAAAACGGUAUAGACAGAGGAUCUGCCUUCCUAAAACUUGUGUGAAGGCCCAAUUAGAAGCAGCCCCUGAACUCUGUUCAGACUCCGAAAACCUAAAAGCAAAAACAUCCAGCAUGAGAAAACCGCAUGGGAAAACCAAAUGCAGCUGCUUGGUGGGUU